AUGACCAUAACUGCUGACCUGAAGGCAUUGGAGGGGAAGGAGUUGGAACGCGAGGUCAUCCUCCAGGUUCUGUACCGAGACCAGGCGGUUCAAAACAUCGAGGAGGAAAGGAUCCGGAAACUGAAGACACACUUGCAGCAUCUCCGGUGGAAAGGAGCAAAGAGCGUGAGCCCGGAGUACAAAGAGAAGUCGUGUGCACGCUGUCAGCGUGAGCUGGGGCUUCUGCUGAACCGGGGGGCCGUGUGCAAGGGCUGCAGCCACCGCGUGUGCUCGGAGUGCCGAGUGUUCCUGAGGAAGACCGAUGCCUGGAAGUGCACCGUGUGCUUUGAGGACAGAAAUGUGAAAAUAAAAACUGGAGAAUGGUUCUUUGAGGAACGAGCCAAGAAAUUUCCAACUGAAGGCAAACACGGGACAGCCGGAGCAAAGCUCUUGCAAUCUUAUCAGGAGCUGAGCAAAAUUUCUGUGGUUCCUCCUACCCCACCUCCUCUGAGCGAAAGCCAAUGCAGUAGCAGCUCGAACAGGUUACAGGAACUUGGUCAGUUUAAAGGAUUUAAUAAAUCCGUGGAAAAUUUGUUUCUGUCUGUUACCACCCACAUGAAAAAGCUUUCCAAGUCCCAGAACGACAUGACCUGUGACAAGCAGCUCCGGGCCACGGGUCCCAGGCAGCGUGCUGGCCGGACGGAGAGGAGGAGCCAGUCGGACACUGCUAUCAACAUCACCACCAGGAAGGCAAGCAUGCCGGAUAUUCUGAAACCUCUCGAUCAAGGGAGUCCCAGAUGCCUUACUAGCCCUGUUUUGAAGCAAGAGGAUCUCUCAUCCAGGCCAAUUCCCAGCACUUUAUUCUCAGGAGGCUUGAGACACAGAAGUUGCUACACUGCAACUUAACCUGAUGUGGCCCGAAGUGAGGUCCCGGGACGAA